AUGGGUAGAGCAACUAUAAAGUCGGGGACAAUCAAUUUACUAAACACAAUUAUAGGGGCAGGAAUCCUUGCAAUGCCCUAUGGUAUUAAGAGCAAUGGUCUCCUUUUUGGUUGCAUUCUUGUUAUUUGGUCAUCAUUAACAUCAGCAUUUGGCUUAUAUCUACAGAAUAAAGUAGCCAAAUACACUGAUCAACGAGGAGUCGUUUCUUAUUUCAGUCUAUCACAAUUAACCUACCCUAGUUUAUCUAUUUUGUUUGACUCGGCCAUAUCUAUCAAGUGUUUCGGUGUAGGUGUUAGUUAUUUAGUGGUGAUUGGAGACUUAAUGCCCAAGAUUAUGGAAAGUUUGAACGUUAAACCGGAGUCACUUUGGAUGCAUCGUAAUGUUUGGAUCACGUUGUUCAUGGUAGUGAUAGUAGCUCCUUUAUCAUUCUUAAAAAAAUUGGAUUCAUUGAAGUAUACAAGUGUUGUUGCUUUAUUCUCAGUUGUUUACUUAAUCUGCUUAGUAAUGGAGCACUAUCUUUUACGUGAUGUACCAGUUGUGGAUAAACACAUAGAUUACAUUGGGCCAGUAUCAGUCAAAGCUACGUUGUCAUCCUUCCCGAUUUUUGUAUUUGCAUAUACGUGCCAUCAAAAUAUGUUUGCUAUUAUCAAUGAGUUGAAGCCAUGUGACGAGGACGGCUCACAAACUAGACAAUCCAACCAUAUAAUCAGAAAUGCCAUAUCUACUGCUUGUGUUUCCUAUUUAGUUGUUGGCAUUUUUGGGUACUUGACAUUUGGAGAUACGGUUAAUGGGAAUAUUAUUACUAUGUAUCCUAGGAAUUCAGUGACAUCAUUAAUUGGACGGCUUAGUAUUGUCAUUAUGGUAAGUUUAUCGUACCCAUUGCAAUGCCAUCCGUGUAGAGGUUCAAUCAAUCAUGUGAUACACUUUUUGACAGAAGGAGUACAAUCGUCGAAAAUUCGUAGUUCCAGCAAUACUCCAUCACGCCAGAAUUACACUGCUUUGAGCUCGGACAUUGAAAGCUUGCAUUCCAUACAAAGUGAUUCGUCCAUAGGUGCCGAUGAGUCCUUCAUCUCCACUACUCCAAUGGAGGGAGCCCAGGAUACAGAGGGGCACGAUCCUAUUAUUGUUCCACUAACCUCAAAGAGAUUUUAUAUUAUAACUGCAGGUAUUGUCGUUUUGUCUUAUCUUGUGGCCGUUACUGUUACCUCCUUGGAACACGUCUUGGCUUUCGUCGGUUCGACAGGCUCCACCUCCAUUUCGUUCAUACUCCCAGGAUUAUUUGGCUUUAUGUUGAUUAAGCCGUUAAACGGUGCUACAAAAUUGAAUUGUUUAGAGAAGUUUUGCAAGUACGGAGGGUUAUUAUUGAGCAUUUGGGGUGUUGCUGUCAUGGUUGUCUGCCUAGGGGUUACCAUACUUCUUGGUGUUACACACUAA